UUCUUGGUCACUAAGUCACACGCUUCCAACGCUCAAGACAACAUGAAUCCCAUGGUAAUUUCCUUCUCUCUGGCUCUAUGCCUUGCCUUUUCGCAAGCUACCGUGGUUAAAAGAGGAAUUGUCCACGAAUAUAGCUCCGGUAGCGGUGGAGAUGGAGGCGAUGAAGGAGACGAAGGAGGACAUUACGGAGGCGGUGGACAUUACGGAGGCGGUGGACAUUACGGAGGCGGUGGCCAUUACGAAGGUGGCGGACACUAUGAAGGAGGCGGCGGUGGAUUCGGUGGUGGACAUGUUCAAUCAAUCGAAGUAGAAAAACAUGUUCAUGUUCCUGUGUACAAGCACGUCCACGUUCCGGUACCUCAUUAUGUACCUCACCCUGUUGCCAUACCUGUCCCUGUCAAGGUCCCUCACCCAAUCCCGAUCAAGGUCCCCGUGCCCGUCCCUGUCGAGAAGAAAGUCGAAGUCACUGUUGAGAAGCACGUCCCAGUCACUGUUGAGAAGCCGUACCCCGUCGAAGUCAUCAAGAAGAUCCCUUACCCGGUACCAAAACCGUACCCCGUCCCUGUACCGAUCUACAAAGUCAAGCACAUUUACAGCUCCCACCACAGUUACCACCACUAAAGUAAAAUUGGUGUUGUUCCAAAUUGGACCAAUUGACUGGAUUUUGUUGUUUUGUUGUUAUAUUGUUAUGUACAGCUUUUUUUGUUUUA